CCUGCGACGAAACUCCCCAAACUCACCAACUCGGUACUGUCGUCGUUCCCAGAUCAAAGCAAAGCCGGAACGAGGAAUCCGUACAAGUGGCUAGCUGAAUGCGCCUGCUUGAAAGAUCAAUCCGAACGCGGCGGUUAUUAGUUGAGUUUCAUAAACCGAAUCCGGAACAAACGGCCAUCGGAGAUCGUUAUGGAUGUGCAGAGAGCUCUCAACACUUCGCAUACGCGCAUGAAGCUUGUGGCGUUCGUACACUUCAUCCUGAUCGUGCUGGCACUGGAGGGAGCAUGGUUGCCGUCCGCUUAUCUGUUCUACAAUACCCUGUUCAUCAUAGCGCUGUUCUGGGCCAUACACUGUCGCGAAUCAACGGAUGCCGUACAGAUCACCGCUGUUAUCAACGCCGCCAGCUUCAUGUUCGAUCUGAUAGGCAUCAUCUUUCACUUUCCUGCGCACGGCAUCUUCUCGGCGGUGUGUGCCAUCCUCAACCUAGUCCUGCGGCCGUUUAGCACACUGAUCCUGCAGCGGGAGCUAUCGGAUCGUGGCGGUAGCUUCGACUUCACCGGGAGCGGUAACCGUGUUGGUGAGGGCGGGAUGGCGUACGAAGAUAUUGAUGCACCCCACCUGCAGACACCUUCGCGGGCCUAGGAGGAAAAGGCACGAGCAGUCCACCGUCUCUACGAAAAAUGCUCGAUAUAUUGUAUAACGUACUGAUGCCAAUUAACAAACCGGUGAGGAUUUUAUAGUUUUCACGAGGCUAGGCAAACCAACCAAACCUUGGAGCGCACCGGACUAGUAUAAGUAAUGAGCGACCGAUCUGAUUUUAACACAGUUUUAACAAUAGUCACUAACCAACAUUAAUCUCAUUAUGAAAUCUCGCUAGUUUUAGCUAUCUUUGGAAUCAUCCUAGCUUGAAACCAUUAUCUCGAUUUACCAAAACCCAUUCACACAGAAACGCUGAUUGA